CAAUAUUUACUCUCUUUAUUUCUCAUCAAAUCAGGAUAUACUCCCACACACACGUGUAUCUUAAGAGCCCCUCCUAAAGGGGGGCUUAUUAUUAGUCAGAAUUUACUGCGUUCCUACUGCGCGUGUUAUUGUUUAUGGAUUUGCGUCUGUGGUGUGGUUACCAAAAGGCUGUAAUUAUUCCGUCGUCAUUUUCGCUUUGAAUUGAUCAUACUAAAGACACAGUUAUGGCAGGUUAUGGUGGUUACCCCAUGGGCAAUCAGUCCUUCCAGGGCCGACAGCAGCAUGCACCGCCUCCACAACACCACCACCAUGGACCUCCCCCCGGCAUGCAGGGCCAUGGACAGCCACCCCACGCCCAGAUGCAGAUGAUGCAAAACCAAUGGCAGCAAGAGCAGCACUACCAGCAGUACCAACACUUCAGCCAACAGAGUCAGGUCUACGGUAGCUAUGGCAGCCAGUUUCAACAGAAUGUCUUCAGUAUCAACCCUUCUCAGGCACUUGCAUUCAAAUCGGAACAGGAAUUCCAAAUAAUUUUCAAUCAGUACGUCAGCCCGGUAAGUAAUUCCUCAUAG